UACAGAGCAUGUAUGGCAAGUGAAUAUUAAUCGCAAUGGUUUGGGCCAAACCCGGAACAUGAAUGGUAUUCAUCGGCUCUGUUUGACUGCAAACACGCUAUAUAUUGUCAAAGUUGACGCCCAAACAGAUCCGCCCGAUGUCUAUGAAUUCCCGUUAAUAAGUAUCCGCCGAUGCGGUCAUACGAACAGUACUUUCUUCAUAGAGUUGGGCCGGUCUUCGAGUAUAGGUCCGGGAGAUAUUUGGAUACAAGCGGAGGACUCAACCAUCGCUCAGAAUAUGCAUGAAGUGAUUCUGGCGGCCAUGUGUUCCUCCAAAAGUCACGAAGACUUCGGACCCUCACAACGACCCCGCAGUGCGUCCACAAGUGAUAAACCUAUUUCUAGUAGACGUCCCGCACAGACAGCGCAUACCAACCAAAGCGUAGCACCUUUUGGCACCUCUUAUUCAUCGGCCGCCAGUGCUGUGGUUCCCAACACUUCGGCCAAUAAGAACUCGAUUAGAGAAAGAUGUGAUUCAAUGCCCUCCCGGUCCAGAACUACCAGUGAAUCUGAUACCGCAUCUCAUGACUCGAGACAUUGGACGCCCGUUCACUACCAGACCACUGAUCGACUUCAUUCAGCCCUUCACAACCGGACGCUCUCUUAUUCGCCGCCGUCUCACAACCCUUUGAGUGCGAGUUCUGCCGCGUGUUCGACGGACAGCGCCGGGAGUUCGCUCUCAAUCGAAGACUAUGAGAGCAGUCACUGUUUGACGCCUGUGUCCGAACACCACUCCGGCCUUCACAACAGUCUCAUACCAUCAGAACCUCCCAUAUCUGAAGAAGACGCUCAAACUGACGACUACUUGUCAAUGUCUCCAACAAACAGUUCUGGGAGACAGUCAUCUGGUUUCAGAUCUCAUCUCAAUCUCAACUUUUAUCCAACCAAUACAUCUCCCAUAACAUCGCCAACAGUGGGAUCAACGAAGUCA